AUGGCCCUGAACGACUCUGAAGUGGGCUUAGAAGUCAUCUUGGCGAUGAACCAACUGCUGGAACUCACCCCUUCCCACGUCACCCCUAAACCCCUGGAGGCCACAGUGAUGACUCCAUGGGACGUGGCCCUGUGUGUAUCAGGAGCCUUGAUUUGCUGUGAAAAUGCAAUCGUCGUGGCCACCAUCUUCUCCUCGCCGUCUCUGCGGGCUCCUAUGUUCCUGCUAAUUGGCAGCCUGGCCUGGGCGGACUUCCUGGCAGGGGUGGGGCUCCUUUUGCACUUCCUGUCUCGCUGGUGCGUGUACUCAGAAGCUCUAGAGCUGGGCAGCGUGGGUCUGUUAGUGAGCGCACUCAGUGCGUCUGUGUUCUCUCUGUUGGGAAUCACCCUGGACCGGUUCCUCUCGCUACAUUGCGCUCUGACCUACGGAUCCCGCCGCACACACACACAAACACGCUGCGCUCUGGCCAUCGGCUGGACUCUUGCGGGUCUUCAAGGUGCCCUGCCUGCCAUGGGCUGGAAUUGCUUGCACGAUGGAGAAUCCUGCAGCGUUCUUCGCCCUUUGACCCGAGUGCACCUGGCGACCCUGUGCGGCGGCUUCCUGCUGACCUUGGCUCUGAUGCUGCAGCUCAACGCUCGCAUCUGCCGGGUCGUACUUCGCCACUCGCACCAAAUCGCCCUGCAGAGACACACGCUUCCGUCUGCGCGCACACACACGCGCCGUCGGGUUCACACACUCACCCUCAUCCUUGCCACAUUCACCAGCUGCUGGAUGCCCUUCGCCUUGUAUGGUCUCUUGGCCGACGGAUCGUCUCCAGCUUUGUAUACUUACGCCACAUUGGUUCCGGUCACAGGAAACUCUCUGCUGAACCCUCUGAUCUAUGCCUACAGAAACACACACAUACAGAGAGUGCUGCGACAGGCCUGCUGCUGCUGUCUGCCUAACACACCCAACAAAAACACACACACUCCCAGUGAUGUCUAACAUCAUGAGCACACCUGAACACUUUGGAAGAUUCUAUGGUGCCAUACAAGAUCCGUUUCAUGUUUUAUGUCUGUUCCUGUUUGGGAAUAUCACUGUGCCAGUUGCCAAAUCUCCUGUCUCAAUGGUGUUAACAUGACCACUGUCAGUGACCUGAUCUCAUCUGCAUCAUUUUAUUAAAUGCUAAAAAGGGUUUAGUAACCGUGUCAUUUUUUUUACUUUAUUCUGAGAAGACUGCCACUGUAUGAAGAAACCCUCCUGUCUGCUUUAAUGUCUCAGAGUUGUGCCUCAUUUUACAUC